AUGCCCAAGGUUCAGAAAUCUAAGCGCAAUGGCGCUUCGCAGGGCAUGUCCGAUGCUGCUGCCAAGACGAAGGCUGCCCACAGCAUCUUCAAGAUGAACACUGAUAUCGGCCAGCACGUUCUGAAGAACCCUGGUAUUGCUGCUGCGAUUGUGGAAAAGGCUGAGCUUAAGCAAAGUGAUAUCGUGCUUGAAAUUGGUCCUGGUACUGGUAACUUGACAGCCAAGAUUCUGGAGAAAGCAAAGAAGUGCAUCGCCGUCGAGCUGGACCCUCGUAUGGCUGCUGAAGUCACUAAGCGUUUCCAAUCCACCCCAUACCAGAAACGCCUGGAUGUCAUUCUUGGAGAUGUGAUGAAGACCGAGCUCCCAUACUUCGAUGUCUGCAUCAGUAAUACCCCCUAUCAGAUUUCCUCUCCUCUCACAUUCAAGCUCCUGGCCACCUCUCCAGCGCCUCGUUCCUGUAUUCUCAUGUUCCAACGUGAAUUUGCUCUGCGAUUGUUCGCCAAACCUGGCGACAAGCUCUACAGUCGACUCUCCGUGAAUGCCCAAAUGUGGGCCAAGAUCGACCACAUCAUGAAGGUCGGCAAGAACAACUUCAAGCCCCCACCCCAAGUCGAGUCCAGCGUCAUUCGGAUGGUUCCCAAGAACCCGCGGCCACAAAUCAGCUACGAGGAGUGGGACGGUCUCCUGCGCAUUGUCUUCGUGCGAAAGAACAAGACUCUCCGCUCUAGUUUCAUCGGUGUCACCAGCAUCAUGGACCUUUUGGAAUCCAACUACCGAACUUGGUGUGCGCAAAAUGACAUCCCUGUGGAGGAUGGCCCCGCUGAGGUCGCCAAUGACGACACGGCAAUGGACAUGGGCGAGGAGGAGGAGGAACAAGUUGCCGAACCGGCCGACGAGGUCAUGGAUAUGGACGACGACGAUGUUCCCGACUUUUUCAAGGAGGAGACAAAUGCUCGCCUCGAAGCUGCGCUCAAGAACGGAGCUUCGCGCAAGAAGCGCGGCAAGGUUGCGGAGCUAGUUCGUGAAAAGGUGCGCAGUGUUCUCGAGGACGACACCAACCUCGGAGACAAACGCGCAAGAAUGUGCGACGAGAACGACUUCUUGAAGUUGCUUUGGGCAUUCAACCAGAAGGGCAUUCACUUCAACUGA